AUGUCGGUCACCUCGCCUCCGCCACGGACGCCAACGGGGCCGUCAUCUAUUUCAAUGACCCCGAUGACACGAACGUCACUGAGGGACUCUGUGAACCAUGUUCAGGUAGUGUGCCGACUUCGGCCCCCUGAAGAUGUACGAUUCCAAAGAGCCAAUGAUUCUCCCGUGGAGAUCAUUGAUGAGCAGACCUUGUGUAUAAACCACAAGGAGGCACUGAAUGUGUUUUCAUUCGAUAGGGUCUGUGAUGCCACAACCUCGCAGGAGGACUUUUACCAAUUGGUGGCUGCCCAGGCUGUUGACGAUAUCUUGAAGGGGUUUAAUGGUACGAUAUUUGCCUAUGGACAAACAGGUGCUGGAAAAACGCACACAAUGUUUGGUCCACGCCAUUCGCCUGGAAUAAUCCCCAGGGUCAGUCAGCAUCUAUUUUCCCAGAUCGAGGGGGCCUCGCCAGACAUUGAGCACACUGUAGAGGUCUCGUGCAUGGAGAUUCACAUGGAACAAAUAAAAGACCUAUUGAAUCCGCAGGCGACAGAGUUUGCAAUCCACGAAGAUAAGGAUAACGGUGUUUACGUUAAGGGGCUAUCUCAUGCGUUCGUGUCCACAGAGAAAGAACUCGAAGAGGUUGUCAAGCUAGGUAACAACAACCGUUGUGUCUCCAGAACGCAUAUGAACACAGACCUGUCACGCUCUCAUGUCAUUUUCAGAAUAGUACUUUCGCAAAAGUCCGUUGAAGGAGAGCUCACACGAUCCAAUUUAUUUUUGGUCGACUUGGCCGGAUCCGAGAAGAUCGACCGCACAGGGGCCACUGGCCAGGGGCUUGAAGAGGCGAAGAAAAUCAACUUGUCUCUUUCUUCCCUCGGUCAAGUGAUAAACUCUUUAACAGACCCCACCGCCACCCACGUUCCUUACAGAGACUCCAAGUUGACUCGAAUCUUGCAAGAAUCUCUUGGCGGUAACUCCAGGACAACUCUCGUCAUUAGUAUUGCACCAGGUUCAGCAGACGCAGCCGAAACACUCUCCACACUAAGAUUCGGCUCCCGUGCAAAGAAGAUCAAGAACACCGCCCACAUCAACACUGAACCGUCAGUUGACUGGCUCAAGGCGCGGGUGAAGAUGCUUGAGCAGAUGAAUAGAACACUAGAAGACCAAGUCACGAAGAAGUCGACGCCAGGCUUCAGUCCGAAUGUCAGUCUACUAAGCCCGCGAGGAAGCACCACUAUCUCGAUGGCUUCCGAUCGCCCAUCUUCACUGGCAGACGAUAUUCAAAGGAAGAAUAAGAAGAUCGAAAGUCUCGAAAAGCAGCUUUUAGACAUGAAGAUGAGCCAAGUGAAACAGCAGCACGAGGAAGACCUGAAGCUUUUUAAAUUGGAGACCGCCCUACACAGACUCAACGACAAACUAAGCGACGUUGAGCUCAUAAAUGAGAAUCUACGGAAACACCUUCUUAUCAGCGAAAAGAUCAUAGAGUCGCGAGAUGUGAAGAUUGACAAACUCCGAGCCCUCUUGGGCGAACAACAGGCACACGUGCAGCUGGAGAGCCAACAUUUCGAUAGCAAGCUUAAAAAGCUUCAAGACAAGCUCGAGACACAACGACUUCUGGAAGGACGAAUGCAAGAUGGAACAGGAAGUAACGUGCUCGAGAGUUUGCACGCCGCAGCUAAUGCCGAAGCUACAGUUAUACACCACGACAAUGUGACUUCACCAAACGAAGAGCACGAGCAGGACUCGCCAAAAUCGCCCAAGUUUGGAUUGAAUUUACGCAUUGUCAAGCCAGUACUCUUGCGUGUCAAGCAAGAAAAAGACCGGAUCAGAGUAAGUCACAAGGGUGAGUUUGGCAUAGGUGGCCGCUCCAACUUUGUUCAGAAAAUCCAUGUGUUCCCAAUAUUGAAUAAGCAGUAUAUCGCUGUUGCUAGAAGUGCAGGGCUUGUUCAGUUGUAUGAGAAGAUGUUGAAGCCCUCAGGGUCAGACAACUCCGGAAGUUGUACCUACAAGCUUGUCAAGGAGUGGAAGAACUCCACUACAGGACCACGGGACCCCAUUAUCGGGGUCGGUGCGUUCCGAAAUCAGUAUAUGUAUACCUGCUCUGGAGAAGGAAAGUUGGUGAUACGGGAUUUGAUCAAUGACGAUGCGGAUGACUCGGUGAAGCUGUUUGUCAUCGACGGCCCGUUAUCGUGCAUCAGCAUAGAGGUCAUUCCUCGUUCUACACACAUUGUUGUUGCCGCUGGCGGGAAGGGAAACAGUUUGAAGAUUUACGAUUUCGAUUUUGCUGCGAGUGACUUCAAGUCCAAUUUUGAGGACUUUGCCAAUUUGGGUGGACACUUGACAAGGAUGGGCCUUGUCUCAUCGGUACCAGAGGGUCACUCCUUGCUUAGGAGAAGCUCCCUGAUACGUCAUUCAUUCGUGGACGUUCGAAGACUUGUGCCCGUUUCUGAUACUUCGGUGAACCCUCACCUGACUAAAGGAGAUACUUGUGCCUACUGGGUGCUGAGUGUUGCUUUUUGGAAGCAAGGAUCUUCCCGCUUGGUGUUUGCAGGAACUCAGUUUGGUGACUUGUUCGUUUACAACAUGUCCAAGCCUUACAAGUUUGAACUGCGACCAGACAGAGUCUUGCAAUUAUCUCAGUUUUGCAUCAACCAGUUGAAAGUUUUCAAUUGUGGACAAUACUUGUUCUACACGGAUUCGAUGUCCAAAGCAGGUGUCAUCGAUAUUGAAACUUUUGAAGUGGUGAACUUUUUUGAUUACCUUCGCAUUGGUCCGACUCUAUCCUCACAAAUCUACACUUGCAGUGAGACUACCUCGAAGGUAUCCCGGCUCAGCAGAUUAUCAAGGUUUUUACCUGUCUAUUUGGUGGCCACCACUAUUGACGGCACUGUCGUCAUAUACAAGCUCAGCGAUAGCAAUGAGAAGAAACUUUGCUUCUGUUCAAGCCUUACAGGUGUGAUACCCCAUUUCGAUUUCUUAGAAUCCGAUGCCUACGGAAAACUAGAUGCCCUUUUUGGCGACCUCGUCUAA